AUGCCUUCCGCCACGGAAACCCCUCCCAAGUCCGAGUCCCGCCUACUCCUUGUCUCCAACCGUCUUCCCAUAACUAUCAAGCGAUCUGCGGACGGGAAGUAUGAUUACUCCAUGUCGUCGGGCGGUCUCGUUACCGGUCUGAGUGGAUUGGCAAAGAGCACAACAUUCCAAUGGUAUGGCUGGCCAGGUCUGGAGAUCCCAGGAGAUGAGAUCCAAGAAGUCACCACAAAACUCAAAGAGGAGUUCAAUGCCAUUCCUGUCUUCAUGGCUGAUGAAUUGGCCGACCGACAUUACAAUGGCUUUUCGAAUUCCAUCAUGUGGCCCUUGUUCCACUACCAUCCUGGCGAGAUCACUUUUGACGAGUCGGCAUGGAACGCUUACCAGGAAGCUAAUCGUCUCUUCGCCCGCACUAUCGCUGCUGAGGUUGAGGAUGGAGACCUAGUCUGGGUGCACGACUAUCAUCUUAUGCUUCUGCCGCAGAUGCUUCGAGAAGAGAUUGGUACGAACAAAUCAAACGUCAAGAUUGGCUUCUUCCUACACACGCCUUUCCCCUCGAGUGAAAUAUAUAGGAUUCUUCCUGUCCGAAACGAAAUCCUGCUCGGUGUCCUGCACUGCGAUCUCAUCGGCUUCCAUACGUACGACUAUGCACGUCACUUCCUCAGCAGUUGCUCUCGGAUUCUAAACCUCACGACGACACCCAACGGAGUCGAAUUCGAAGGCAAAGUCGUGACUGUCGGCGCUUUCCCCAUUGGCAUCGACCCGGAGAAGUUCACGGAAGGACUCAAAAAGGAGAAGGUGCAGAAGAGGAUCGCGACCUUGGAAGAAAAGUUCAAGGGCAUGAAACUGAUUGUCGGAGUGGACCGUCUUGACUACAUCAAAGGAGUGCCGCAGAAGCUUCACGCGCUGGAGGUGUUCCUCACGGAUCAUCCCGAAUGGAUUGGCAAAGUCGUCCUGGUGCAGGUUGCUGUACCCAGUAGACAAGAUGUUGAAGAGUACCAAAAUCUACGUGCGGUUGUCAACGAAUUGGUUGGGCGGAUCAAUGGCAAAUUUGGUACUGUGGAAUACAUGCCCAUCCAUUUCAUGCACAAGUCUGUCAAUUUUGACGAACUCAUCGCCCUCUAUGCGGUAUCCGACGUUUGCCUGGUGUCCUCUACGCGCGAUGGUAUGAACCUGGUGUCAUUCGAGUACAUCGCAACGCAAGAGAAGCGACAUGGUUCUCUUAUUCUGUCCGAAUUCACCGGUGCCGCCCAAAGUUUGAACGGCAGUAUUUUGGUCAACCCCUGGAACACGGAGGAACUGGCCAGUGCCAUUCAGGAAUCUGUGACGAUGAGCCCGGAGCAGCGUGCCAUCAACUACGCCAAACUGCACAAAUAUGUGUUCAAGUAUACUAGUGCUUUCUGGGGACAAUCCUUUGUCGCCGAGUUGACCAGGAUAUCGGAGCAAGGCGAGAAGAAGCUGAAGCUGCGUCGAGCCUCCUUGGUGAAGAACCCUUCUCAAAUCUCAUUGCCGAAAGACCAACAAUCCGAGCAGAAGACGGAUGCGGGCACUGCCUCUACAGGAGCCGAUGGCAAAGAGUCGAAUACUGAUCAACCGGGAGAGAGGCAGCAAGCUACCCCUACGAAAUCACAGACCUUGUGA